AAACACGAGUUCUUCGUAGACAUGACCUGUGAAGGCUGUUCCAAUGCAGUCACCCGUGUCCUGAACAGGCUGGAAGGUGUCAACUUUGAGAUAGACCUUCCCAACAAGAAGGUGUAUAUUGACUCGGAGCUCAGCGUUGACACCCUAUUGGAAACCCUCAAGAAGACUGGAAAGAAUGCUUCCUACCUCGGGGAGAAGUCUGCACAGUAGCUGUGCCUGCUGCGAGGAGCUAGGAACUCAAACAUGACUUCAGCAAAAAGGUGGCUUAACUGUCUGCAUGUCUCCCAAGUUGCUGUGUCGUUUGACCUUUGCCAGAUGUUGGAAGGCAGGGGACUGGUGGGAGGAAACAGUUGGGUCUUGGGCUCUGGGUGUGGAGGGGUCUGUGGGAGGAGGUUUCUAGUUUCUAGUUGUUCUGGUUUCUAUUGUUUCUAGUCCCACAGUAAAUCGAGGUGCUGCUUUGAACUUCCAGUGCA